CAUAUAGCAACACCGCUCAUAGUGAUCAAAGAAACCUUUACGAGCAGACGUAUAAUCGAAGCUCCGAUAUAAAACAUAACAAAACGAAACAUGCAGAGUAUCAUUCAACACCUACGCCGUCAGAUAUGGGGAGGCGACACUUCCGGUAAGUUUACAGACCGGAUCGGAAGUGUGUCGCUCUUCGACAUCAUGCAAGGGUGCAGUUACGGUUGGGAAGCCAGGGAAGAUGCGCCAGAAGUAAACAAAUCUACUCACUCUACUAAUGGCAGCGAUACCUACAAAUUCAAAGCUUGUAAUAACAGCGAUGAUGAAGAUAAUGAUGGCAACAACAACAACAACUACUACGUUGAUCACUUCGAUCCGGAUCUGUUGAUCAUUGCCACGGUGAAAACAACCCCGGCUCAGCGUUACUACUCGCUGAGUGAUGUAGACGAAGACGAUGAGGAGGAAUAUAAUGACGCUGAUGAUGAGUCCGAUGAUGAGGACCAGGUCUUUGUGCGGAUUAUAGACGAUGAUGAUGAUUCUCAUUAUUUUAUUAAUAUGAUUAGAAAUGAUUAAAGUUUGCAUGUUUCAAUAUAAAA